GCCACCAUGAUCGCUCAAGAAUCUGCUCGCAACCUGCUGGCAGAGAAGCUCAAGGCACCGGGCCCCACUUCACCACCGACUCAGGCCGCCCUUCCUGCACAGCAGCAAGCCCAACAAGGAACCCCCCAGCCCCCUCUCCCUCAUUACGACCCUCCCGUCCCCCUCGCUUCCUCCUCCUCCUCAGCCCCCUCAGCCCACACCUUCAUCGCCCCUCGAAAACGCAUCAUCUCCCCUCGUUCCCUCUCCCGUUUCCAGUCCUCACAGUCCUUCAGCGACAUAAUGGGUCUGGUCAUGGCACUCAACGAAGCAGUAAAGGGCAAGACGCUCACCGAGCAAGUCGACAUAAGCGAUGCAACGACUCAGAUCCUCUCGAUCCUCGACUCGGUCGAAGAGCUAGUCCACGAAACACCGCCAGUAUCCAAUGCAGCAUCUCGUUUCGGCAAUCCAGCCUUUCGCGAUUUUGCUGAUAAGCUCAGGGAUCACAGUUCCGAGUGGCACCAGAGGAUUACAGCCUUACCUACCGAAGCGGUGACGGAGGUGUCGGUGUACUUCAACGAGUCUUGGGGUAACAGGGAAAGAAUAGAUUACGGUAGUGGGAUGGAACUCAACUUCCUCCUAUGGCUACUAUGCCUUAUCCGUCUCUCCGUCCUCACCCUACCCGUCGACGGACCAGCAAUGGUUCUUCGCCUCUUCUGGCGAUACAUCGGUGUAAUGCGUCUCAUCCAAUCCACCUACUGGCUCGAACCUGCAGGAAGUCACGGAGUUUGGGGUUUAGACGACUAUCAUUUCCUUCCCUUCGUUUGGGGAUCUUCCCAACUCUCCACGCAUCGUCACCUCAGACCCAAAUCGAUUCACGAUGCUGAGAUCCUCGAUGAGUUCAGUGGGGAGUACAUGUACUUGGCGUGUAUCCAGUUCAUCAAUGGGAUCAAGACGGCCAGUCUACGCUGGCAUAGCCCUAUGUUGGAUGAUAUCAGUGGGGUCAAAGGGGGGUGGGCAAAGGUCAACGAAGGGAUGGGAAAGAUGUAUAGGGCUGAAGUGUUGAGCAAGUUGCCGAUUGCGCAACACAUCUAUUUUGGGUCGCUGUUGCCUUUCCCUGAGGCGGGGCCCGGUGAAGAGGAGGAGGAGGAGGAGGACCACGAAGCUGCGGUGGAUGCUCACGGGCAUAUUCACGCGGUACCAGAUGGAGAAGGGGGAGGGGGACAAGGCCAAGCAGCUGGGUGGGGGGACUGCUGUGGUAUACCGAUUCCGAGCGCAUUUGGAGCUGCGCAGGCUGAGAGGGAGAAGAGGGAGAAGGAGGGGGGAGGAGGGAGUGGGUUGAGCGGGUUGGCCUUGCCCGGUAGCAAGGGGAUUAGAAGGGUGCCAUUCGACUAGGCGUAGGGCGUAGGGCGUGGGGCGUGGGGCGUGAAUGUGGUCCGUGGGCCGUCAAUGCGAUAGAAGGAGAGAAUACUUGAUAUCAUU